AUGAUUGUGUCCUGUCUGUAUACUGUACCCCCCGUUAUACCGUCCCCCUGUAUACCGUACCCCCUUAUACCCCACCCCUGUAUACCGUACCACCCACCCCAUAUAUACCCCACCGUCCCCCUGUAUACCGUACCCCCAUUAUACCCCACCCCAUGUAUACCGUACCCCCCAUUAUACCGUCCCCCUGUAUACCGUACCCCAUUAUACCUACCCCCAUUAUACCCCACCCCUGUAUACCGUACCCCCUUAUACCGUACCCCAUUAUACCGUCCCCCAUUAUACCCCACCCCUGUAUACCGUACCCCAUUAUACCCCACCCAUUAUACUGUACCCCCCCAUUAUACCCCACCCCUGUAUACCGUACCCCAUUAUACCGUACCCCCCUUAUACCCCCCCCAUUAUAUACCCCUGUACCCCAUUAUACCGUACCCCCAUUAUACCCCACCCCUGUAUACCGUACCCCCAUUAUACCCCACCCCUGUAUACCGUACCCCCUGUAUACCGUACCCCCAUUAUACCCCACCCCUGUAUACCGUACCCCCCCAUUAUACCCCACCCCUGUAUACAUACCCCCAUUAUACCCCACCCCUGUAUACCGUACCCCCAUUAUACCCCACCCUGUAUACCGUACCCCAUUAUACCCCACCCCCUGUAUACCGUACCCCAUUAUACCCCACCCCUGUAUACCGUACCCCAUUAUACUGUACCCCCCAUUAUACCCCACCCCUGUAUACCGUACCCCCAUUAUACCCCACCCCUGUAUACCGUACCCCAUAUUUAUACCCCACCCCUGUAUACCGUACCCCCCAUUAUACCCCACCCCUGUAUACCGUACCCCAUAUACCUGACCCCCCAUUAUACCCCACCCCUGUAUACCGUACCCCCAUUAUACCCCACCCCAUUAUACCCCUGUAUACCGUACCCCCCUGUAUACCCCCAUUAUACCCCACCCCUGUAUACCGUAAACCCCAUUAUACUAUACCCCAUUAUACCCCACCCCUGUAUACCGUACCCCCAUUAUACUGUCCCCCAUUUAUACCCCACCCCUGUAUACCGUACCCCAUUAUACCGUAA